GUCAAAUUUGAAAUUCAUUUAAAACCGCAAGGCUUCCUUUUUGUAUCUGUGUGAUUUGUUUUUCUACGGAAAAUUCGUGAAAACUCAUCGUUUGUACCCAAAUUUGUGUACUAAUUGACGAGAUAAAUCAAUCAAGUGUUUAAGUGUUUAAAAUCCCAACGAAUAAUGGAUCCUUUCACGCAGAGAAUCCUCGAUCGUGCUGAACAGCGUAGUAAACAUCUGGGCAUUAGUAAUCCCACCACAAAGGUCCCAUUGGGUGAGAAUAGUGCCGAAACGAGUCUCAGCAGUCUCAGCGGGAGUAUCAAGUCUCCGCCCGUCCGGAAGUCCAUCCCAGUGGAAAGGAAGGGCUCCGAUGGGAAGAAUGUGCUGACCUACAGUGCAAAUACAAGUGGCGGAAGUGAUGGAGAUAAAUUUGAUAAUAUUUCCGUGGAAAUUAACAUUACAACGGACACCAAUGUUGGGGUAAAAUGCGACGUGAUGGCCGUUGACGUGGACAAGGAUGGCAAUAUCCUCAAGAGCAAUGAGCUCCUGAAUGAAUCCACAACUUCGGUCAUUCGUGAUGCCUCCAAGAGUCGCCUUCAGCGCUUGGGGGCUCUGUAUUCGGACGAACAGAGUAUCUCAUCGCCAAUUCAUCGUACUGAAGGGAAUUUCCACGAGAGGAUGUCUUCCGUUGCUGCUGAACCAGCACGUCCGAGGAAUCGUUUGGGGAAGUUGGCGGCACUUGCUGAGUCAAUAAAUCGUUGGGAGGAUGAGAAGCAACCACCACCAUCCACUGUGGGGGUGCAGAAGGAGAAUGUUCCGGAAGUGAUGAAGCAAACAGGAGCUGUCCCAAAGCGCCCCCAAGUGGUGGAUACAUUGCCCAAGGAGGGGACCACGAAGAAGACGCCGACGAAGCAAUUGAAAUGGGAUAAAUCCGUAAUGGAUGCCCUUGAAUCGCAGGGAUUCAAACGUCGGGAAUCCACGAAGAAUCUCAUCUAUGAGUACAGAGAGACGGAGAAUCGUGAGCGGGAGAAUGUUCUCAAUGAAACAAACAAAUCCUCAUCGUUGAAGAAGUCUAAGGCUGCUGCUGAGGGGAAUCCGAGUGGAAGCUAUGUGGCAACAAUUGAGGCAAAUCGAAACACAGAAGUGAAGGAUUCGCCGAAGAAGUUAAACGUUACACGGGGCUUAGUUACAGGAAGGGCGGCCUUUUUUGAAGCAAGUGGAGCCAUUCCGCGUACGCAGAAAGUCACGACGAAGGAUCCAGCGGAGAUGUCACUGAAAGAGCGAAUGGCGCUGUUUGAGCGCAAUAAAGGAGCUGCACCAGUUCCAAAGCAACUCGGUGCAACAUCUGCUGCAGCAGCAACAGCAACAGCUGCAGCACAACAAGCAAAGCCGGAAGAGAAGCAGCAGCAGCCACAGCGUCCGGGCAUUGGGACGUACAAUCAGGUAUCGAAGGCAGAGACAAAGGCCACGGGAGGAGGGAUUAAGAACACCGUGGCUGCCCUGAUGUCGUCCGGAGCGACAAUCUCCGAGAGUGCCAUCAGUCAGGAGGUGAAGCGACAGCGACAGCAAGAGAUGGAGCUGCUGCUGAAUCGCUUCCAUCAGCCCCAGAAGUCUGAUAGUGAGAAUGAAGGUGUCUCCAUGACGGAUAACAAUCCCCCACAACCACCGCCGCCACCUCCAAUGCCAUCCACAUCCUUUGGCAGUGGCGGGAAACGCAGAAGUGAUGGUGAAAAUGAUCACGAUGUCACGCCAGAGGAGGCAAAGCGCCCCAAGAAGCACGGCAACCGGAAGAGUGAUCGUCUCUAUCCGAGCUUAUCGGAUUUAGAUUCAACUGAAUCCGAGCAGAAUUGCACGACUGCUUCGGUGUCUGAUGCGGCUAUUUGUGAGGAAGAUGACAAUGCGAUGGAUUCCGAGGAGACGGAGGAAGAUGGUUCAAGCCUCUUUGAUGGGAGUAUUAGUCGUGCUGUAAUGAAUUCCAUUCGUUCGGCCGAAACAUCGCGAAUCUUCUCGGAAACGAAGGAUGUGAGUAGUGAUGACGAUGAGAUGGAUGAAUACUUGAAUGCUGCUUUGGAAAUCUCUUCGGGGUCAAGCCGGAGGAAUACGCCGAAGAGUGGAGGAACCCCCAGGAAGGGUUCUGUGUCUUCAAAUAGUUUCAGCUACAAGAAAAAUUCACCAGGAAAGCAUUUGAGGUUUGAAACACCGCAAACACCGAAGAAGUCUCCGAGGAAGCAGAUGAAUGAUGAUGAGGGUGUUGUGACGCUCGUGCAUACGGUUAGCAUCUACAGGAAGCAGCAAACAACGAAGCCGUCACCGAGCAAAGUUGUGCGGCGUGUUGAAGUGGAGGAAUCGGAAACGGAAACAAGUGCCGGCGAGGGGAGUGAGUCGUCACACACGGAAAGUCAGGAGAUGCACAAAGUUCAGGAGAAGAUUUCACGUUUGCAGGAUGAAGUGCGGAAGCAGCAGCAGAUUAUUGCGCAAACAAGUCAAGUUGUUAAUCUUUGUGCGGCAACAAUUGAAUUUUCUGGGUCAACGGAAGCUGUGGAGGGGGAACGGCAUCUCCUUGUGGCCACACAUCGUCGUCAGGCGGCUCUGCAUGAGAUUCAAAGCCUUCAAGUUGAACGAACGCUUCGUCCACGUGGUUCUCCGCAGGAUAAAGGCAGAUUGACCGUGAAUGAGAUCACUCUACCCCUGACAAAGGAUUACAUCCGGAAGUUGGCAGCAAAUACCAUCUCAGGGCAUCAUUUGGUCUGCCUGCUUAAGUACAAUGAAACCGUCUUGGCCACAAAGACCGUUCUCACCCUUCCUGGCUUGAUGGCGGUUAAAUUCACAGACGUUCUGCAAAUGAAUGAUGUUUAUGCGGACUUUAAGGUAACUCUGGAAAUUUACGGGAUGGUGGCUGAACGUGAUAUCCUUCCGCAUGAGAUUAAGUAUCACAUUGCAACACGAAAGCAAGGAGGGAAGAUUCUCACCCCCAAAGGGCGCAAAGCAGAAAGUAGAUUGGUAAUGCCACCAACACAGUCACCAGCUGGGCCCUCAGCAGUCCGUAGUCCAUCACUCGUUCAGCUGGGCUUUGUCAUUUUCGCCCUGAAGGACACACAACGCACCGCUUGGACGCUCAAUGGGACCUGCAAGGAUUCCCCCCUCAAUGGCACAGUGCAGAUGAAGGUCUCAUGCCAAUUGGCCGUCUCUGUGAAUCACUGGGGCUUCCUCACGAUGUUUGAUGAUGUUUCGGGACUCGGGAAUUGGUAUAGACGCUGGUGUCGUCUGCACGGGCACACACUCAGUUACUGGACGUACCCAGAUGAUGAGAAGAAAAAGGCUCCAAUCGGUAGCAUUGAUUUGUACGCUUGCUGCUCGGAGAAAGUAGCUCCAGCCCCACGUGAUGUUUGUCAGAGGAUGAAUACGCUUCUGCUUGAACUGAAACGUCCCAGUAGAGACUCUGACAAGGAGUCCCUUAUUAUUGUAAAGCGCGGGAAUAAUACGAUUGUUCGAUAUCUCUUGUCAACGGACACAAAGGAAGAACGUGAUGAUUGGUGUAAUAACUUCAACAAAGCCCUUUCAUUGCUGAGAUCCUGGGGACCUCCGUCAACGGAUUAAAAUUGCUUUGCGCUGUAAACUUUUGAUGUGAUCAGCGUCGUGUAAAAACCGUUGAAGUUUCUGCGAUAGAAAAUAUUUCAAAAAGAGUAAAACAAAUCCAAUUUCAACUAACAAAAUAUUUUAAAAAAAAUGAAAAAAUCACAAUGAAGGUCUUCAGGUAAGAUUGGACCAUCCUUAAUUAAUCAGCAUUAUAUAUUAAGAUUUUUUGUUUCUUUUAUAUCAAUGAUAUCAUAAUCUAUACAAAAUCGUAUCAAGAAAUACGAUUUCUUAACACAAAAGACAAACUUUUUUUUUUCAUUUGAAAUUGUGGCGAAAGCUUAUUAUCUAUUAUUAUAUUUUUUAUGUGUAUAAUAAACGAGGAGAAAUAGAAAGAAUCCUUGGAGAAGA